AUGAAAUCCAACCCUGCCAUCCAAGCUGCCAUCGACCUCACGGCUGGGGCCGCAGGGGGCACAGCAUGUGUCCUGACCGGACAGCCCUUCGACACCAUGAAGGUGAAGAUGCAGACGUUCCCCAACCUGUACCGGGGCCUCGCCGACUGCUGCCUCAAGACCUACUCCCAAACGGGCUUCUGGGGCUUCUACAAGGGCACCAGCCCCGCGCUCAUCGCCAACAUCGCCGAGAACUCUGUCCUCUUCAUGUGCUACGGCUUCUGCCAGCAGGUGGUGCGGAAAGUGGCUGGGCUGGACCGGCAGGCGAAGCUGAGUGAUCUGCAGAACGCAGCUGCCGGCUCCUUCGCCUCUGCCUUUGCUGCCCUGGUCCUCUGCCCCACGGAGCUGGUGAAGUGCCGGCUGCAGACCAUGUAUGAGAUGGAGACGUCGGGCAAGAUAGCCAAAAGCCAGAACACAGUCUGGUCUGUCGUGAAGACUGUCUUUAGGAAGGACGGCCCCUUGGGCUUCUACCACGGACUCUCAAGUACUUUACUGCGAGAAGUACCAGGCUACUUCUUCUUUUUCGGUGGCUAUGAACUGAGCCGGUCAUUUUUUGCCUCGGGGAGAUCGAAAGACGAAUUAGGCCCUGUCCCUUUGAUGUUAAGUGGUGGAUUUGGUGGAAUCUGCCUGUGGCUUGCUGUUUACCCAGUGGAUUGUAUCAAAUCCAGGAUUCAAGUUCUUUCCAUGUCUGGCAAACAGGCAGGAUUUAUCGGAACCUUUAUAAGCAUCGUGAAAAAUGAAGGAGUACCGGCCUUAUAUUCUGGACUGAAACCUACCUUGAUUCGCGCAUUCCCUGCCAACGGGGCCCUCUUCUUGGCCUAUGAAUACAGCAGGAAGUUGAUGAUGAACCAGUUUGAAGCAUACUGA